AUGUCUCAACAACUCGAUGAUGAUCAUUCUCACACUAUAAAUAACACUACCACGAGCAACAACAACAAUAACUCCACCACCAACACUACGACCACCAACUCUACAACAUCUACUUCCAUGAUCAAUGAUUUGAAACAAUUAUUGAAUCUAUUGCAUGUCAUUUUCAUCAUUCCCAUCCUUCAAUUCAUUCAACAUCCACAACUUGGUUCUUAUUGGAAGAUUCUGAAUAAUGAUGAUGAUGAUGAUGGGAGUAAUGAUGAUGAUGGGAGUAGUACUGCUAGUACUUUGAACUCUUCAACAACAACAUCAAAACACUCUCCUCUCAUUAGUAUUGCCAAAUCUCAUUUAUCUUCUUCACUCGGAGGAGUCUCAACACACACUCCGAGAGGAUCCAAACGUAUGAUGGUUGGAGAAGAGAAUCAACAAAACAAGGCACAAAUCAUUCGAGAGAGAAUUAUGAAUCUAUCGAUCAGUACACAACAGGGAUCAUUGCUCCAUGAUGAUGAUGAGGAUCAUGACAUGAUGGAUGAAGAGAACGAGGAUUAUGAACAAGAUGAUGAUGAUGAUGACAUGGAAGAUAUUCAAGUGAGUGAUCAUGAAGAAGAAGACUCGAAGGAAGAUUCAUCCUCCUCUUCCUCUCUCAGUGAUGGUGCUAGUACUACUACUACUACUACUACUACUGCUGCUGCUGGUGCUGCUGAGAAGAACAAUUCCUCCACCAUCAACACCAGCACCCCCAGCACCACUUCAAUCCUCACCAUUACAUCGUCGUCAUCGUACAGUACUGCUGAUCCGUCUGCUUCUUCUUCUUCUAUCAAUACUACUGAUGCCACUUCCACACCAACCACCCUCAAAGUUCCAAAAUUAUCACUUCUUGGUUCAUCAUCACCCUCAUCAUCAUCAUCAUCACCUAUUCACGUACGAUCACGCUCCUCAGGUUUAACCAUUAGUAGUAGUACUACUACUACUACUACUGCUAAUACAACUACUACUAGAGUUGGUGGUGAUGGUGGUGGUGGUGGUGAUACCUCUUCCAUGGUUCCAACUCUACAAAUUGGUUCUCUUCCUGUCACUUCCAAUUAUCUUUCCAAUUUGACAGCACCAAGUACUCUCUCAGCACGUGGUAAAAGUGCAAGUAACAAUCGAAAUUGUAUCAUCAUCAAUGGUGGUCAUGGUCAUGGCAGUGGAUUGGAAUCUUCUCCUCACAUGAGACUUGUGAACAAUGAAAUUGAAAGAAUCCUCCAAACACCCAAUGCCUGUGAUUUGAAAUUGAAUUCUCUCACAUUGACCAUAUUUCCACACAAAUUAUUUAAUUUAUUUAAAACACACAAAAUUACCAAGAUUGAUGUCUCUGAUAAUAGACUCACUUCUCUCUCCUAUCACUUUACCAAUUCAUUUCCAUAUUUGGAAGAAUUGAACCUUUCUAGAAAUUUAUUUACAUCCAUGUUCAAUGAUUUUAACAAAUUGAAAUAUUUAAGAGUAUUAGAUUUGAGUUACAAUGGAUUUGAAAUUCUUCCUCAAAAUGUAUUACAAUGUACUAAUUUACAAGAACUCUAUUUGAAUCACAAUUCAUUGAUUGCCUUGCAACCUGACAUUGCAAAAUUACAACAAUUACAAGUGUUAGAUAUUUCUAACAAUUUACUUUCAAAAUUACCAGAUGAAUUGACUCAAUUGAAGAAUUUAAAGAAAUUGAAUGUAUCCAAUAACAAGUAUAUUGAUUCAGCCAUGAAGAUUAUUAUGGAUUUGUACAAACAAAAUCCAAAUUUAGAAAGAGACAUUAAGAGUGAAGAUUUGGGUGAUAAUAGAGAUGUUCUUCUUGUUGCAUCAUCAUCACCUUCUUCUUUGACUACAGCCCCUACUACUACUACAAAUACCACCACUACUGCUAGUGCCACUACUCACACUUCCAGUACAACUACUACUACUACUAGUACUACUACAACCACAACAGCAACUCCCACCAAAACUGAUCGCAGUGCAAGCAUGACCAAUUUGUCAAAAACACCACCACCACCACCACACACCAUCAGCCCUCCUAACAAGAUCAUGACCAAAGUGGCCACUACUACUACUACGACCACCUCGACAGAUUCAUCACUUUUAAAAACAUCAUCAUCCAUGGAUACUUCAGAUGCACUCACAACCAAACGUGUCUAUUCCAUUCUCGAAUUGAUUGAAUCUGAAUUCAAAUACAAGAAUUAUCUUGAAACAUUAUUCAAUGAAUUCAUGUUACCCAUUAGUAAUUGUGAUGAUUUACAACAACAAGGUCAAUUGAAGUUUAUUGGAUGUGGAAUUCAAGAUGGUCCACAAUUUGUGAAAAAGAUAUUUCCACCAGAUUUGGAAAAUAUUUUGAAAUGUUCACAAAUGUUUUAUAGAGAAUUGGUCAAGAUUUUACUAGAACCAACCAUCACCACCACCACGACCGAGGCGACGAGUACAACCCAGACUCGAUCCCAAAAAAAGAGAAAGAACUCUGAACUUCAUCGCACAUUAUUCCUUUUAAAGAAUCAAAUCUACGAUUAUCCAGUGGGUCAAAUAUUCCAAAGAUUUAUUCCUUUCUUUAAAGUCUAUAUUGACUAUCAAUGCCACUAUUCACGAACAGUUCAUCAAAAUCUACCACAAGCCUACUCUCAAUAUCCAAAAUUCAAACAAGUCAUUGAAAUGGCAAAAACAGUGACAGGCACUGAUGGUUUGGAUAUUUCAAGUCUGUUGAUCAUGCCAUGUCAACGUAUUGUAAAAUAUUGUUUAUUGCUUAAGGCUAUUAUGAAAGAGACACCAACAGAUCAUCCAGAUUAUCCUCUCUUAGAAAUUGCUUCUACUAAAAUGCAAGCAACAGCACAUGAAAUUAAUCGAAAGAUGAAAGAUAUUGCCAACUUGAGAAAUUUAAUUGAUAUUGCCUCACAGUAUUCCAUUGAUGGAUUGGUCGUCUCUACACGAAGAUUUAUCUCAACGACAAGUGUCAAGAUUUAUAUUGUGCCAUCAAGUGGUACUAAUAGUAGUAGUAGUAAUAGUGGUACUAGUGGUAGUAAUACUAAUAGCUUGAUUCUUCAAAACACUUCUGGCACUAAUAUUGUCACUCGUGAGAAGGCUAAAAUUCAUCUCUUCAAUGAUCGAAUUCUUUUCACCACUAUUGAAGACUCCCAUUAUUACUUUAGCGUUGGAUCAUUAUUGCAAUUGGGAAGAAAUCCAUCCGAAUUGUACAAAUUAUCUGAAGUGGAAUUGCCCUCGAUGGACAACACAACAAUGGACAAGACCAAAGUAUCGCUGAAUAUUCUACCCAAAUCGUCUCAAUACAUUUUAGAAUGUGAGAGUGAGAGUGUGUGUAAUACUCUUACACAACAAUUGAAAGAUUUGUUAACCACCACCACCACCACCACUGCAGUGCAAAAGUAG